AUGGCUAUUGCCACCAGAAGUGGUAAGAUUCUUACUGACCCUAUUUAUGCAGGUGCUAAACAUGAGCAGGUGUUGGAACAAGCUAGAAGAGAGGAAGUUGAAGCUGAGAAAGUAGAUAACUUGGAGGAUGCUCAACCAAUAUCUAAACCAGCAGUAGCUAAAGAAAAAGAGGUUCAGGGAACCUUGCCGUUACAGAAAAUCCCAAGACCACCUCCUCUUUUCCCUCAAAGGCUUAAAAAGAAAGUCGAAGAUGGAAAAUGUGCAAAGUUCACCAUGCUACGACAGCUAUCAGUCAACAUCCCAUUGGUGGAAGCUCUUGAGCAGAUGCCAGGAUAUGCCAAGUUCAUGAAGGACUUGGUUACUAAGAAAAGAGCGGUGAGUAUUAAUUUGACUAACCAUAUUCAUCACUGCAGUGCUAUUUCUACCAGGUCUUUGGUGCAGAAGAAGGAAGAUCCAUGUGCAUUCACAAUACCAUGCACUAUCGGAUCGAUCAAAUUUUCAAAGGCCUUGUGUGAUCUAGGGACCAACAUACACUUGAUGCCGCUGGCCAUCUACAAGCAAUUGGGUUUAGGAGUUCAAAAACCCACAACCAUGAGGAUGAUGGUAGAUAGGUCAGUGAAGCGACCUGUGGGCAUACUAUGUGAUGUGCUUGUAAAGGUGGAUACGUUCAUCUUUCCGAUAAACUUCGUGAUCUUGGAUUGCGAAGUGGAUUUUGAGGUUCCCAUUAUUUUGGGAAGACCAUUUCUGGCCACAGGACGAGCAUUGGUUGAUGUUGAGCGAGGAGAACUGAAAGGGUGA